GGGGCUGCGUGUGGGGGCUGCCGCCGGCCCCUGUUCGGCCUCGGGGCGGCGGCGAGCCGGGUGCUGCGUGCGGGCGGCUUCGGGGCGGGGUACCCGCGGCCCCGUGGCGUAACUCGGGGAAACUUGGCGCAUCCUGCCCGGCUCCGUGCCGAGCGCUGUCCCGCUGCACGGCGCUGCGGCUGAGGGGCUGCGCCCCGACGGCGGCCGUGUGGGCUGUGGAGCGCGUGUGCGAGAGAGCCUCGGGUAUUUCUGGUGUCUGCCCCGAACUAGGAGGAUUCCGAGAAGAGUGUAACGCUUUACUUGCAGGCAUGUUCCCUCAGCCUGGCGUGCCUGACACGCACACUCAGGUGGAUCAAUGUCCUGAACUCCUUUGUCUGCAGAACCAGAAAUUGCAAGUCCUGGGCGAGCCUUUCUGCUGUGUCUAUGAAGCCUGUUCCUGCCUUCCUGCCUGCGCCUUCCCUGUGCCGCUCGUGCCUCAGCCCUGUCCCAUUCCGCUCCAUUUUGCCAUGGAUGGGUUGUUUCCUGUCUUCCCGUUCCUGCUCUAUCCCUGGCCCCUCAGCAUGCUCCCCUGUGCUAGGCCGCAGAGUUGGCCUUGGCUACGCUGUUGCCACCGCCGCGUGUAUGGGAAUAUUGAUUUUACAGUGUGUGUGCUCUGUAAAAAAUCAAUAUUUCAGUAGAUUGAGCAGAGCGUGCGGUGGUGUAAUGGAGCCCAGCCUGCUAAUGUAACAUGCAGGGGUCCUCAUUCAGAGAUUGAGGUCAGUCGGAAAAUGGAAAUGUGUUUUCUCGUUUUAUUGUCUGUUUCACAUUCAGUGUAGGUGUUUAUGUUCUCGUGUUUAACCUAUAGCGGGCAUAGAGUUGCUUUAAAGUCACACCCAGCAGAAUGUCACGCGUUUCACGCGACGUGCAUAAAGACAUGCCUCAGAUGGACAGCCCAUAUUUAGAGUAUAGGAAGCCCCCUCUCCCCCUUCCCCGUCGUGUGUCCGUUAAACAACAGUUGUGAGGAGAAAUAAGUCAUUUUUGUGUCUUCAAAUAAAAAAGAGUUUUCUGUUA